AUGCGAAGUUGCGUUUUAAUUAUUUCAAUAUUAUUAAAAAAGGUCCAGCCAAUAUUUCCUAUUAGGAAUUUAAAAUAUUGCAGUGGGGGAUAUCUUGAAAGUAUUAAAAUAUAUAAUACAAUAUUGGAUUCUAUAGAGAUUGAAAGUAAUCUUAAAUUGAAAUUACAGGUGUUAUCUAAUAGAGCUGCUAGCUUCAUUAAACUGGCUAGAUAUGAAGAUAGUAUUAAAGAUUGCAACGCUGUUUUAGAACGGGACCAUUCAAAUAUAAAGGUUUUAUAUCGAAGAGCUACAUGUUUUAAAGAAUUAGGGAAGGAUUUAACUGUGGCAAUUAAUGAUUUAAAAAAAAUCUUGAGCAUAGAUCCAAAAAAUAUAUUAGCAAGAGGAAUGCUAAAAGAUCUAAUUGAAGAUCAAAGUAAACAAAAUGAGAAAAAUAUUAUGAAUGAAUCUCCAAAUAUAAUUUUACUUAAUUUAAAAACAUUAUUGUGUAACAUAGAUCUUAAUAAAGAUGAAGAAAUAUUGAAAAAUAAAAAUAUAAUUGAGACAGAUAUAUCUGAUAUGCUCUUAAAAAUCCAAAUGUAUAUUAUAGGUAAUGGAACUGAAAUUAUUAUGAAUAAUGAUAAUCGAAAUAAUUUAAUGUUCAUUUUGGAGAGAUUAAUUUAUAUUCAUAAUGGAAAAGACUUUUUUCAAAAAGGUGAAAAUAUUGAUCAUUUGAGUAUUGGAGGAAAUGAAUCUAAUUUAGUUAAAGAAAUACCAAAAUAUGUAAUUUUAUCUUGGAAUGUUUUAUCUCUUUUGAUUCAAGAACUAAUUCCUAAUCUAAAUGAAUUAUGUGAUACAAAUAAAUCUAAUACAAUUGGGUCGUAUAAUAAACUUAAAACUCUAGAUAUAAAUGAAUUGAGGGAAAUUAUGAAUAAUAAAAAUAUUAUCAAUAUUGGCAAACUAUCAAUUUUUAUGGAUUAUAUUGAGAGGCUAAAGGAUAAUAUGUAUGAGGUCCAAAUUUCACUAUUAUAUGAGCAUAUAUUUAAUGUAAUAAGAUUUGUAGGGGAUUUGAAUAAUAAUGAAUUAUUACACUUUAUACUAAAAAUUUUAAAAAAAACUAAAACUAAUUUUAAAAUAAUAAAUUUAUCAUUAAAUUGCUUAACAUCAUGGUUUCAAAAAAGAGCAUCUAUGGGUUUAAAAAUUGAAGCUUUGGAAUUGACAUCUAAUAUUGAAUAUCUUAUUAAAAUAAUGAUGAAGUCAAUAUAUGGAACUUAUAAGCAUUCUUUAUUAGUUGGAUAUUUCAAUUCUGAAUACGAAGAUAUAAUAUUAAAAUGUGGCUAUAUAUUAAGUAUGAUUAUAGCUUUACUUUCCGAUAAAAAUCGUAAUAAAGAAAUAGAUAUACUGAAGUUGACAAGACAAUAUAUUAUACAUGAUUACUUAUUACCUAGUAUAGUGGAUCCAAACAUUUUGAAUAAUACUAAUAAUAAUCAAGGUACAGAAGAAAUUGUUACAUCCUCAAAUUGGCUAAUUAAAAACCCAAUAGGAUUCACUACAGGCCUUGUAGGUCUUAAAGUUUCUCACAACUCAAAUAGAGAUAUAUUACAAAAUCACAUUUUAGUAUAUCCACAAAUUAUGCACUGUUUAUUACUAAUUACUAUGGUUAACUGUAAAGAAUUUGAAUCUAUCAUCCGAAGAUCAACAUUAAAUAUUAAGGAUAUAUAUGAUGAUUUUCCAAGUAUAUUUAAGGAGGAUAUUUAUAAGACCUUGCUACAAUAUAACUGUAUUGAAGUUUUAUCUUAUACUAUGGAAUACAAACAAACUCGAAUAUCACUAACAAAAGAAGACGACACUAUAAUAAUGUUGUAUACAAUUUGUAAACAAACUCUCGGAGAUGUUGUAAAAUCUGAGCAUUCAUCAGUCUUAAAGUCAUUGGAUUCUACCUGUAGAUUAUUAUGUGGUUUAGUAAAAGCUACAAUGGAAAGUAAUAAAGUUUUAAAUAUUUUAUUAAAUGAAAUAUUUAUAUCAGAACUUAUUAUCACAAUAUGGAUUACAUUGAAACAAGAAUUUCACAAGAUAAUUUCAAAAGAAGACCAAAAGAUUUUCUUUUCUUGUUUACAGAAUUUAAUUGAAGCUUUGAAUAUUUUGGCUAUACAUAAAGAUUUCAAAGUAACAUUAUUAGAUAUCAAGAUUGAUGAAUCAAAUAAAUCCGCAAAAAAUGAAACAUUUAAACAAGAUUCAUUAGAAGAUACAAAGUCGAAUAAAAUUCUUUUUAUAUAUGAAAUACUGAAUAUUCCUCAAACAUUUGAAUUUAAACAAUUCAUAAAUAAAGGUCAAUCAAAUCUUCCUCAGGUCCUUAUUUAUCUUUAUGUAAGUUUCAUUGAAAAUAUAUUAACAAGCAAUGAAACAGAUCCAAGUGCGAAUACAUCCCAAAAUACUAAAGAUAACAAAGAUAGUGAAUUGAAUAAAGAGGAAUUUUCUAAUAAUAGGACCAAUUUUUUAAAAUCUCUAAGAUUUUAUGGACAAAAAGAUCAAAAUUUAGAUUUUGAUGAAACCCAGUUAAGUCAAUUGGAAUUUUUAUAUAGAAAACUUCCCGAACAAAUGAAACCUGAUCGUAAUGGAUUCUAUGAUCGUGGAGAUGAAUCUUUAGUUAACUCAUUCAGACAAUUAUUAGUCUUUAGUACAUCUACUGUAAGUACUUUAUCCAAUAUUUUAAAGAUGUUAUCAUCUCAAACUACAUAUACAAUUAUUAUGAAGAUUGGUAAUAGUAUUUGUGAUCUUAUAUCUCCACCUGAAAGUUUAAAUAAGAAUGUAGACUCACAAUCUUUAAAUGACUGUAUUGCAAAUAGAGGAAGAAUUAUUCAACAAGGAGGUCUACAAUGCUUAUUAGAUUGCAUUAGUUUUAUAGAACAUCACAAGAAUAAACCAUCAAAUUCUAUUUCUGGUACUAUCCUACUUAGUUCUAAAUAUAUUUUGGAUAGGCUUAGAGAGUACAGACAAGGAAUAAGUAGAUUAUUAAUUGCAACACCUCCUAAACUAAUUACAUAUAAGACAUUAAUGACAUGUUCUAUACAAAUUCAAGCUCUACUUGAAGAUGAUCAUGAAUUAUUACAAUAUGAAGCUGCAUUAAGCCUCACGAAUAUCUUAAGUAUAAACUAUAAUCAAAAUAAAGAUACUGAAUGUCAAAUAGCUUUACGAAUAUAUGACAAUAGUAAAUGUUGGAAUUUAUUUAAAGAUUUAUGCUUUAGUAAUAAUCAAUUAUUAGUUUCAGCUGGAUUAGAAGGAUUAUGUAAUUUUUGUAACAAAGAUGAGGUUGUAUACAGACAUUUUAUUCAAUCUAAGCAUAAGGGAUUAGAAGAUUUAAAAUUAUUCAUUGCAUUUAUAUUUGAAGAUAACUAUCGAAUUCAAAUUGCCUGUUUAGGAGCUUUAGCUAUGCUUUCAGCAUAUAUAGAUGUAUGUACAACAAUGGUACUAAAUUGGGAUAUAUUUGGAACUAAAAUGAUAUCUUUCGUACAAAGUCUAGUAGAUAAAGAGGCUAAUCCUGAACUAAAUGAAAGAAUUCUUUUUUAUUUUAAUAAUAUAUUACUUCUGUUAAAUCACAUCGAUGAUAAAGAUGAAAAUAAAACUAAUAAUGCGAAUAUAAAACAACUUAGAAAUAAACUUGGAGAUCAUGAACUGGAUCUAAUAAAGGUGAAUUUAUUAAAUAGUAUUUCAAUUAUACAAUAA